GAAAGAAACCGUCCGGUACCGCCCCCUUGAAUCGGUAAACCAACCUGAACCUGGCAUGCUGUAUCGUAGACAAGCUAAAUAAACUAAGGAAAACAAGUCAGCCGUGUAAUGUGUAUGUAACUACGCACUUGAAGACGAGUUAUAGGUGCAAACAUAGAAAAGAUUCUGGAUGUACGCCGAUGAAGACCGCAGUGGCCGGAACUGCAGUAGCAUGUAUGUCGUAGCGACUGUAUGAAGAGAUGACCUCGAGAAUGAACUAUUGAUUUGGAGCCGUAGCAAAUGACCGAUGGACAAGACACACAAAUUAAUGUUGGGGAUAUUUACAGUUGUUGCCCUAUGCAAAUAUUCACAGGCUCAAUGGAAUGCCACAAAGGACACAAUAAAUAAGACUGUGUCCUGUGGUCCCCAUGACAACAACAGCGACUGCGCAGAUGAGAAGGAUAUUCACAGACAGAGUGGCCACUUUUCCAAGUGUCCUCAGGAGUAUGAACACUUCUGCAUCCAUGGGACCUGCCAGUUUGUGCAGGAGCAGAACACUCCAGCCUGCAGAUGUGAAAGUGGAUAUAUUGGUUCAAGAUGUGAAUAUUUAGACCUUGGCUGGCUGGUGGGAGAUCGCAAGCAUAUAGUCAUUGCUGGUGUUAUAGUUGGACUGGUCUUUCUCCUUCUCGUCAUUGUCUUCACAUGCAUCUGUGUACAUAGCAGACUGAAACUCUGUGGAAAAAAAAGAAAAAAUGGAAAAAGGGAUGAAGUGGAGAGGCUUAAUACACUGAACCCAAACGAAGCUUCAGCUGUCCCUGCAGACACAUCUGAUACAAAUACUGUAUGAAGGCUGUGUGUAGCUGGACGACAAGGCUUGCUCCUGCCAGACAGGAUGUUGGGCCGAGCGAUAAAUGAACCCAAAGGCACAAAGGAAAACAACUGAGCUGUUCUCCUCAGGUGUGCAGUUGAAAGUGGACUUUAAAUGGCCCUAAGAGCUGUGGCGUUAGCCAGCCUUUGUGCACUGUUGCAUAGUUCUGCCUAUAUGAGCUGACCGCCUCUCUGGCUCGAGAGCAGGGCCAACCAUUACAGAUAGGAGCAGGAGGGUAGACGUUUAGUUUAACUCUAAAAUCAAACAGUGUCAGUUUUGAGUCCAUCAGUCUCCCGUGGGUUGUGUGGAAAUUUCUGAGGUUACUUCAUAUUACCAUUGAUCAAUCAUUCAGAAAAUAUAAUAGAGGUAUUAUAUCAUACAGACUGGGCUUGCAACAAAAACAGAUGUUAUGGAGAGAUGUCUUGAGACCCUCAGGGGCAAAGUGCAAUGAAAACAGGCUUUAGAUACGUCUUUCAGUAGCAUAUACCUCGUAGUCACUAUUAAUUAUUACUGUAAUUAUUACUAUUGGAUUUCAUGAUGCUUGUAUUUUUUUGUCGAAAUGUUGAAGGACCAACAGUUUAAAUCAUUUUAGAAAUUACUUUGAUCUAUUUAUUAUUUGGAAUAUGUCCUGAACAAAAAACAGCCUCAAAAGCUUUUUCUUUCUUUUUGUUAAUAUGUGUUAAUAUGCUGUGCAGUGACAUUCAUUUGUGGUAAUCAUUAAUUCUUGUUUUGACAAAAAUGUCCUAGGUCCUCUGUAGAAAGCUUUUUGUGAAAAUAUAACCUAUCACAAAUAAAUCAUUUGUUGUCACAUA